AUGGGCAGUUAUCUAGUUGGUUUCGAUCCCCAGUAUACAGGCCCUAGUAUCGAGCAGAACAAUUUACCUUUAUCACUUAUUCGAAGUUUAUAUCCAAGUUUGCAUACGUAUUUCAUCGUUCCUUAUAUCUCUGUCGGCGAGAUGUCCAUGCAAAAUCAACCAGCAGGUGUUCCAGAUGCAAUGCUUCGAAUGAAGGAAGCGACGAACGAUCUCUACAAACGAAAGUCCUUUACGGUUGCUUUGGACUUGUAUUCGAAGAUCCUGAACAACUCUGAGCUUCCAAGCAGUGAUGACACGAGGGAGUUUUUGAGGACAGUGCGGUCGAAUAGAGCGGCGUCUUACAUUGCAUUGGCUACGUCCACUCGCAAAGCGCAUCUCAGACUCGCCCGCUGCUUCUACGAACUCGGAAAAUACGAGGACGCGACCAAGCAUUUAGAUGUCCACCGUGCUUUCGUGGGCGACAAGAGUGCUUCUGAGGAAGAACUUCGAAACAAGAUCUUGAAAGCGCAGAGCAACCAACAGAGCGGUUCAAGCUCGGCCGAAGAAAUGACGGUCCCACUCAAAUACAUUGUACAUAUCUCACAAUCCACUCCGACAGCGGCAAUUGAACUCAACGAAACCGUACCCCUUUCUCUAUGCAACACUCGUAAUCCACCGGAGAUUCCAACAAAAAAGCUCCUCGCAAAUCUGGUCGAAAAGCAUCAUGCGUGGCUACUCAAGCAAGGCCCUCUCAGCGGCGGGGCGUGGAAGUGUUGGAGUUGCGGCAAACGAGCAACCGGGAUGGUCCACACACCUGCGUCGUAUUUACACACGUAUUUGGAAGGAAACGAAGCGACGAUAGUCGAUUUCACUCAGCCAGUGCAUGCAAACUCACGCUCAGACUAUACUUCCAGCACCGAGCCUAAUCUCAAGCACUCCGAUCGCCCAAUCUAUUGGCCAUGGGAACAGGCGAAAGCGAACUUCCACCCUUCCCGUAGCAUCACCACAGCAUGGGAGGACCACUCGGAAGUCAUCGGGGCCCUCGAAAACGCUAUCUAUGGCCCAUUCAGCCUCAUAAAUGAUGCUCCGAUUAAGCGCUAA